AUGGAGUUAAUAUUCCAUGUGGUGUGGGUGUGCUUCCUGGUUGUGCUUGCUGAAGCCCAGAGCAGCAGAGAGGGGCCGUGCUUCGAGUUUCCUGGAGAUUCAUUUAUUCACUUCACGCCCAAUGUCUUUGACAACAACAACGACAUUCACUACACUCUACACUUCAGAACCACGCAUGAGAAUGGCAUCCUUCUCUACGCUCGGGGCCAGGACGGCGAUGACGAAGCGCUGUACACUAGAAACGGCAAGCUACGCUAUCAUCUAUUCAACACCUCACCCACAGGUAUUGAGGGAUAUUUCGGUGCAUUCUUGGAAGGAGACGAGACAGUCAACAUCGGUCAGUGGGUCAAGGUGCAAGUGUAUCGCUCCUGGAAACAUAUUGAGCCACCACAGCGUCGAGUCAAGAGGAAAACAGGGUUUGAAGUAGAAAUCGAGGGUGUCGUCUACAAACAUUUUGAUUACCUCGAGCGUCGGGACAUUUCUUUACUUCCCACGAUCUACAUUGGAGGCUACAGAGAGAGUCUCAGCUCAACAGUGCACAACUUCACUGGGCAGAUAAAAAACAUUUACGAAGAAAAGAACGCAUAUUUGUUCGAGAACCCGUCGCUGAACUACAUGUCCAAGGUUUCCCUGGCUUGCUUGGACAGCGUUGAGCCUAGCUAA